AUGGGUGGAGAACAACCAGAUGGCAGGAGAUUCCUCCUUUGCCUCGUUGUCAGCCUUCUGCUUCAAGGAAGAGCCAACGCUUUCACCAUGAAUUGCUCAGGCUUUGAGCGGCAUGGGGUGGAUCCGGCCAUCUUCCAAGCAGUGUUUGACAGAAAGGCCUUCCGUCCAGUCACCAACCAGAGCUACCCUACUCACGUCAACAUCUCCUUCACCCUGUCUGCCAUCCUCCAAGUGGAUCCACAGCUUCAGCUGAUGACUUCAUUCCUGUGGAUAGAUCUGACAUGGAACAAUCCUUUCAUCAGCUGGGACCCAGAAGAAUGUAUCGGUAUCAAAGAACUCUCUGUGUCAGCUGAACAGAUGUGGCUCCCAGACAUCUUCAUCUUGGAAUCGAUGAACGUGAGUCUGACACCUUCAGGCUUCACCACCUUUGUCACCAGUGAAGGGCAAAUCAAGUACAGCAUGCCCAUGCGGGUGACCAGCAUCUGCAACCUGGACAUCUUCUACUUCCCUUUUGACCAACAGAACUGCACCCUCACCUUCUGUUCUUUCCUCUACACAGUGGACAGCAUGCUCCUGGGCAUGGACAAAGAGGUGUGGGAGAUCACCAACUUGUCUCGCAAAGUCAUCUGGACCCGGGGAGAGUGGGAGCUCCUGAGCAUCAACAAAGCCACUCCAAAACUGUUCGUUGGCAAAAACCUCUACGACCAGAUCAUGUUCUAUGUGGCCAUCAGGCGCAGGCCCACCCUCUAUGUCAUAAACCUCCUGGUGCCCAGUGGCCUUCUAGUGGCCAUCGACGCCUUCAGCUUCUACCUGCCAGCCGAAAGCCAGAACCGCGCUCCCUUCAAGAUUACCCUCCUGCUAGGCUACAAUGUCUUCCUGCUCAUGAUGAAUGACCUCCUCCCUGCCACCGGCACCCCCCUCAUCAGUGUCUACUUUGCCCUCUGCCUGUCCCUGAUGGUGGUCAGCCUGCUAGAGACCGUCUUCAUCACCUACCUGCUGCACCUAGCCACCACCCAGCCCCCACCCAUGCCCUGGUGGCUCCACUCCCUGAUGCUGCGCUACACCAGGAAAUCCUGCCCCGCCACCGCACCCCAGGACAACAAUAAGAGCCUGGGUCACAGCACCACCCACCUGCCAGGCCUGAAGGAGCCAGUAGAGCUAGUGGCAAAGGGACCGGGUCUCGUGGUGGCAGAGGUGCACGGCUGCCCCAAGCAGCCCAGGUGCCGGCAGGAGCACGAAACCCCACAGCAGCAGCAGCUGGUGGAGCUGUGGGUACAGUUCAGCCACCUGAUGGACACACUGCUCUUCCGCCUCUACCUGCUCUUCAUGGCCUGCUCCAUCAUCACCAUCAUCAUCCUCUGGAGCACCUAGGCACACUCUCACCUCUUUCUGAAAGCCG